AUGCAUCUGCUUCCGGCUUGGCCUCUGAUGUUUAGAUUUGUAAUUGCAUUUAUUGACUGUGUCGACAAAAGUCCGUAUUGUAGCACUAAUGACUGCACGGUUCGUCCAGGCUAUGCUUUGGAAUAUUGUAGGAAAACUUGUGGAAAUUGCGAAACGUUCUGUUUUGACUCACACUUUGUGUCGUGCCGUGAGACGAGGAAGGCUGAAUGCGACACCAUGCUAAAGGACUACUGUCCUCUCCUAUGCGGAGCUUGUCGUCGAAUCAAGGAAAAAUCCAAUUUAUUAAAAGGUUCUGGUUUCACCUCCAUAAUUGGAUUGGUGGGGACGGAGUCAAACAAACACCGUGCUCUUGAUGAUCAGCAUCAUUACCACUGCGCUACCCGUCCUUCCUGUCUAGUUUGCUGUUGUAUAGAUGCUUGUUUCCACGAAACCUUUUAUCAUAUAGUCUCUUUUUUGUCGUCGAUAAACUUGUGUCGACAUCAAUUAAGCCUCCAUUCGCUCACAAGAACUUCAUAUUUUUAUUCAAAAUGUUUCUUGAGCGAAUCCGAUCUUAGCUUCAGUGGUAUUGAGCACUUGACAUUUCUUUCAUCUGAAUGGGGCUUCUCCUCAGUCGUCUUUGCACGCAGGACAACCAAUGCAGUGCAGAUGAUUUUAUCUUUUCGGUGCCGCCUUAGUAAUAGGUCUUCACCGAAUCUACGGAGAGCGACUAGCAUGCUUUUAUAA